AUGACCGUUUCUGAAGGAACCAAUGAAGGUCUGUUUCGAUGGAUCGCAUCUUGCAUUGUCCUGGCCAAUAUACUCAAUCUCCGCGAAUCCGCGGACAUUGACGAAUCAUGGUUGGUAAAUGUAAACGUGGACCUCGAGGGAGAUCACCCCGAUGAUAUACGUGCGCAUUUAGAUCGAAACCGCGCUCGAGCGCGCCCUCGAAUGUGCCGUACUGACCUUUUCAGCAAAUACCGUGAGGAUAUGGAGACUUUUGAUACAAAGGUUGGGAAUCGAGCUGACCACUGAGCGCAUGGGAAAUGAACACACCAAAUGCAGUAUUUACACUUAUAUUUCAAUCCUCUAUCGUCAAUUUACCUAUUUACAGCAGUCUAAGCAUUCACCAACCAAACAUCGACAACCCAACCAACUCCGUACUCCUCAAAAACCGUGG